AGGGCGGGCGUCGGACGCGGAGAGGCGGUUUGCUGUCCCGGCUUUCCGUAGCAACCCGCGGAGUUUGAGUGUGAGGAGGUCCAGGUCGCGGCAGGCUCCAGGCUUCACAGAACUCACAUGCCAGGAGGUAUGGCGCCCCUCAAGAAGCCUCGGAAUCCCACAAAAUUGCCCCUGGCUUUAAACCCCACGAAGAGCAAGGACGUUUUGGCAGUGCUGGCUGAGAGGAACCAGGCCAUAGUACCAGUUGGGGCAUGGGUGGAACCUGCCUCACGAAAUUGCUCGGAAAUCCCAGCACAUACUUCAGCAUACAUGAUUGAAGAGGAAAUAAAGGAGCAGCAACGAAGAAAGCAAGAGUCUUUGAAACAUUUUCAGAGACAAGUCAAGCACCGGGUAAAUCAGCAAGUUAAGCUGAGGAAAAAGCAACAGCUUCAGAAGUCUUGCAAAGCAGCAGAAAAGGAAGGCGCUAUAGCCAUGCAGUGUUCAAAUUCAGCACAUUUAACGCCUAAAAGGACAAGUGUUUCCCCCAGCAAUUCGAACACUGCUAUGGGAAGUUGUAUGUUGCCCUCUUCGCAGGUGCUUGGGGUUGCAACAGAAGAAGACGGAGAAGAGAAUCAGAAUCGGUUGUUUGAACAACAAGCUCAAGCUCUUAGUCAAACUAUGAAACAGGCACGUCACCAGCUGGCAUCCUUUAAAACUGUGAGUGGAAAAAAGACAUCAGAGUUUCUGAAUGGUAGAAGCAAAAGCUCUCCUACCCAAGAGGACCUUGACUGUGGGGAAAUUACAUCUAUUGUGACAGGUGAGAAGGAGAGGGAUUUGUUGGUGGGUUACCAGCAAGAUCUCCUUUCUGAAGGCAAAGAAAAGGCUCUCAGCAAAGUUCAGAAAGUAAAAUUCAAAAAUCCAUUAUUUGUUGUGAUAAAAGAAGAUGAAGAAAAACAAUUAAAUCUUCAUAGCCUUCAGGCUAUUCUUCCAGAAUCCCAGGAUUAUUUUGUAGAAGUUCAAGGCAACUGUCCAGAAUCCCAGAGUGAUGUAAUCGAUGGCCUUAAUGUUGAACCCAAAGCUUUGAAUAUUGAACCUAAAGCUCUAGAUGUUGAACCAAUCACCCAGACCACUGGAACUGAGUUUGAGACCGCAGAACCAGAAGGCCAGGCUCUUAGGACAGAAAUUCAGGACAUUCUUAAAGCCCAGUCUGUUGAGCUAGAUGGGAAUAUUGAGUUGGAAGCCCAGGAUUUUCUACCCCCAAAUCAGGCCUUUCUAUCCAGAGACCAGGAUUUUCUGCCCAAAUGUCAAGAGCAGGACUCUCUACUCGAAGACUACCAUGUUCUCAAUAAAUACUGGAAUGUUCUACCGAAAUGUCAGGAGCAGCAUUUUCUGCCAGAAGAACAGGAAUUUCCACCUGGAAACCAGCUUGCUUUACCCGAAGAACAGAGUCAUCCACUCAAAUGUCAGAACCAGGAGCUCUCACCUAAAGAACAGUAUCUCCUGCCCAGACACCAGUAUAUUUUACCUAUAUAUCAGGACCAAAAAGAUCUGCAUGUUCUUCCUAAAGACCAGAAUAAUCUACACAAAUGUCAGGAGCAGGAUCUACCACUCCAAAAUCAGGACAUGUUUCUCAAGCAGCCCUCACCUUUCAUGAAAGGCAAGAGAGAGGAUGAGGAGUUACCUCUGGAGUGUCAUCAGCAUGCUCCUUCUCAGGUCCAGGACCAGGUCUCCUGUAGAGAACAGAGCUUACAUUUUAGGCAGCAGCCAUCUGCUAAUACAGCUAAAAGGUGGCAAGAGAAUUUGUACCUUGGUGGUUGUGAACAUAUUCUACCCAGACAACAGAGUGGCACAUGCAGCAGACGACAGCGGGUGUCUGAGGAGUAUCGGUCGGGACCGAGCACUGAAUACCAAGCUCUGCUGGCAUUCCAGUCUGGAGUGGAUCAAGAAGAAGACAAGAAAGAGCGUCAAAAGCAAUACCUGAGACACAGGAGGCUUUUCAUGGACAUUGAGAGAGAACAAGUGAAAGAACAAAACAGACAAAGGGAACGAAAGAAGAGAAUUGAAAAAAUUAAGAAAAGAACAGAAGAGCAGCGCUAUGCUGAAGAGCAAAGGCUCCUAAGGAUGCAAUGUCAUGAAGAACCUUAUUCAGAAGAGAAGAUAAAUGAUGUUUUAGCCCAGCUACAGCUUGAAGAAAUAAAAGGAUCCAGAGAAAAACAGCACCAGAGAGAAAAAGAAUAUGUAAGAUAUGUAGAAGCUUUACGAGCCCAGGUCCAGGAGAAAAUGAAGCUUUAUAAUAUCACUUUACCUCCAUUAUGCUGUUGUGGUCCUGAUUUUUGGGAUGCUCAUCCUGAUACCUGUGCCAACAAUUGUAUUUUCUAUAAAAACUACAGAGCAUAUAAUCGUGCAUUACAUUCAGUCAUCAAUUCUUCUGAUAUCUCCGAGGGGACCGCCACUCUUCGAAAUGCCAUUCGUAACUUUGCUUCUGUACAUAGACGGACUUCAAAAAAGAGUCUCCAAUAAGAGUCUGAAAGCAGUGCCAAUGACUGGUAAUAUUUCCACCUUCCUUCAAAAUCAACCAAACAAAGAAAUUAUGUAGAAUAGCUCUUAAAGUGUAUAAGGUGUAUUAUCUGGAAGGAAAACAGUCCCACAU